UUUGAAAAGCCUCUUGGACCUCAGCUUAACUACCGAGAGAAGGAGAAGGACAUACUAGAUGAGCUGUUCCAGAAGAGUCAUUACGACAAGCGAAUUAGGCCUUCAGGUGUCAACGGAACAGUCGACGAACCUACAAUAGUGAUGAUAAAUAUGAUGUUCAGAAGCAUACAGACAAUAGAUGAUGUCAAGAUGGAGUACAGUGUGCAGUUGACCUUCCGGGAGGAGUGGGUGGACGAGCGCUUAGUGUUUGAUGACCUUGGUGGUCGGAUAAAGUACCUGACCUUGACGGAGACGAACAAGGUCUGGAUGCCUGACCUCUUCUUCAAAAACGAGAAAUUAGGUCACUUUCAUGACAUAAUUCUUCCCAAUGUUUACCUGAGGAUUUUCCCUAAUGGAGGCGUUCUCUACAGCAUCAGAAUUUCAUUAACGCUCUCAUGUCCAAUGAACCUACAACUCUAUCCUCUAGACACUCAAACAUGUGAGCUUCUUUUGGCAAGUUAUGGCUGGACGACAGAGGACUUGGUGUUUCUCUGGCGUGAGGGUGACCCCGUCCAGAUCACCCAGAACCUCCACCUGCCUCGCUUCACCCUAGAGAAGUUCCUCACCGAGUACUGUAACAGCAAGACCAACACAGGUGCCUACUCGUGUCUGAAGGUGGACCUCCUAUUCAAGCGAGAGUUCUCCUACUACCUACUCACCAUCUACAUCCCCUGCUGCAUGCUGGUCAUCGUCUCCUGGGUCUCCUUCUGGCUGGAUCAGAACGCUGUGCCCGCCAGAGUCUCACUGGGAGUCACCACACUGCUCACCAUGGCCACUCAGACCUCGGGGAUCAACCAGUCCCUCCCUCCUGUCUCUUACACCAAGGCCAUCGACGUGUGGACAGGGGUAUGCUUGACCUUCGUAUUCGGGGCGCUACUGGAAUUCGCCCUCGUCAACUAUGCCUCCAGAUCAGACAUACACAGGGAACAGAUGAAGAAGCAGAGGCGGCAGUGGGAGUUAGAGCAUCAAGCUGCCCUCGAAGCGGAACAUAUGGAUGCAGAUGGACCCACGACCUUCGCUAUGAAGCCACUGAUGAGAGCCCACGGGGACGGUCUCUCCCUGGACAAGGCGCGGCAGUGUGAGAUCCACAUGCAUCCUCAGCCGCCGCGACGCUGCUGUGGCUCCUGGCUCUCCAAGUUCCCCAGCAGGAGCAAAAGGAUCGACGUCAUCUCGAGGAUCACCUUCCCGCUCGUCUUCGCACUUUUCAACGUGGUCUACUGGAGUACCUACCUCUUCCGGGAGGAGGAGGAGGCCCCACCACAUCCUUAAGACGAGAGGAAGAGACGGAAGCCAGCACUCCCUCGGGCAUGCAAGCGGACACGAACACGGUCACGGACACACCCACCCUAGACAUUAGUUUAAGGAGGAUGCGAAUGUCCUCUCCAGCUCUGAGAGAAAGGGGUGGGGUGUCUAUUGUCCUCAAGACGUGGGUUGCUGCCUUGUAAGAGGGGUAAAGUGCAGCUUCUGGUUGUAAGGGGAAGCCAGCCUGUGAAACGCUCAUCCGCAAUACCCAAACCGUAUAGGUGAACUCAAACUAGCUUUUAAAUGUUCAAUAAAGACAAGGAGAGAUGUAGUGAACUCUUCAUUUAGUGUUAAGGUGUUAAGGUGAGUCUCUUAACAGGUAUAUUUUUGUUUCCAAGGUGGUGAAGAAAUUCUCUGUGAAAACCAAAACAAUGAUGUAAGAGGAUUUAAAGAUGAUGAAAGAUGAACGAAAUUCUCCCCGCAGUGAAUCAAAAGGUUUACUUAAGGCUGGUGUAGUGUUGGUAGUGGUGGGUGUGGAGGUACUGGUAGUGUGGUGUGGAGGUACUGGUAGCGUUGGUAAUGGUGGGUGUGGAGGUACUGG